AUGAUAGAGAAUGUUGUGACAGAGGACUAUCCGAUAGAAAACGAUGUUCAUGAUUUGUACCAGAUAGAAAAUUUCAAGACGAUUUUAGAGGAAAAGGGUAAAGAGAGAGAGGACAGUGUCAAAUUAGAAGAUGUGACUUCAUCUGGUGUAGUACAGCAUAAUAAUGAAAGUACUGUUAAGGCCGCAUCAGGGCUUAGUAGGAUACUACCAUCAUCUUGGAAAAGUUUAUUCUCAUCAUCAAGUACAGUGGUUACACCUUUGUCACAAAGAAGCACGAACAACGCAUUGAAUCCACCCAUUAGCAAACAGCGACCGUGUCCAUUUUACAAACGUGUGCGAGACACUCGAUUUACGGUGGAUGCAUUUAAUUUUGGAAAGAUAUCUGACUGUGAUGGAUAUUUUUUAACACAUUAUCACUCUGAUCAUUACGGUGGUUUAAAAUCCAAAUGGUCUCAUGGGCCGAUCUAUUGCUCACAAGUGACAGCGAAUCUUGUGAAACAGGAACUAGGCGUGGAUCGUCGUUAUGUUCACCCUUUACCCAUGAAUGAACUUUAUCCUAUUCCCGGUUCCAAUGUGACGAUUGCUUUAAUCGACGCUAACCAUUGUCCAGGCUCUGUUUUAUUUCUAUUUAUUGUAAAAAUGCCGGAUGGCUCUCAAGUGCGCCAUUUACAUACGGGGGAUUUUAGAGCAUCCCCUCGUAUGUGUUUACAUCCUCUCAUACGUCAACCUGACAAUCCACCCAUCAAUUGCUUAUAUCUAGAUACCACUUAUUUAAAUCCUCAGUAUGCUUUUCCUGCUCAAGAAGAAUGUAUCCAUGCCGUAUGUGAGUUAGUGAAGCGAGAGUUGAAUCCUGAAAAAGAAAUAGAGACAAAGAAAGCUUCCUUAUUAGAUAAUUGGAUAAAAAAAACCCCUGAUCCCAUGAAUCUCUUAAAUCCAUCAAGUACUCCGAAUAAAUCACGAGUGUUGAUUGUUGUAGGCACAUAUACAAUCGGGAAAGAGCGAGUCUUUUUUAAUAUUGCUAAAAUGUUAAAGUGCAAAAUAUACGCCUCACCUAAAAAAGCCAAGAUCUUACUGUGCCAAGAAGAUGAAGAGUUAAAGUCCAUGAUGACUAGUAAUCCAAUGGAAGCACAAGUGCAUGUUGGGUUUUUGAGAGAUAUCCGUGGUGAUAUCAUGUCAAAUUAUUUAAGAGAUCACCAGACCCAUUUUGAUUCUUUAAUUGCAUUUAAACCUACGGGGUGGACGUAUAAGUCGAGUAGCUCACAAACAUCGGACAUGAAAUUAGCACCCCUAAGUCACAUCAUCCUACCGCCAUCUGAUCGAACCCUUCACAUUUCACCAUAUUACGAUCGAGGCAACAUCAAGUUGUUUGGUGUACCUUAUUCAGAACAUUCUAGCUUUAGAGAACUAGCUUCAUUUAUUGCUAGUCUCAAGAUCUUUCAUAUCAUACCCACUGUCAAUAUCAACCAAUUACAGUCCAUGAAAAACUAUUUUGAUAAAUGGGAGGAAGAAAAAUUAAGCAAACGAAUAGAGGUAGUUGCUUAUCCCAGUCUUAAUCACUGGUAG